AUAUCAUCCUCAAUCCUCCUCCUCAUCAUCGUCAUCAUCAUCAACUGCAUCCUCAGUCUCAUCCAGUACCCCUCCUUGCAGCACACUCUGUCUCUAUUGACAAAAGCACAAGGCACCUCACACACUGACCUUGACAACUACACCGUCUUGCCCCAACUCGAUUUCUUACCCCUUCCUUCCACCCACCAGAUCAUAAUAACAUGCUUAUUCCUCGGCACUGCCGGCAGAGCUCCGACGACCUCAUCACUUGCGAAUGGCUCGUCUCUUCCUCCCUUUCUCUUCUUCCCUCAUCUCUUCCCCCUGUUUAGCCCACCACCAGAAACUCCUCUCUCCUAUUUUUUUGAUACUGUUCUUAUUUUUGGCGUGUGUGCGAACUAAAAUGAGCCGGAACUACAGACAACGGGCUAUGGGUCGUUACUGCUCCAUUUUGUGUCCAUUCAGGGACAGACUUUUGAAGGAAAAAAAAAGGGCGGAUGCGAUAACCUUGCCACGGUCCAAGGAGGGGAUCCACAUUCGCAUGUUGCCAAGAUGAGGCAUUAAGAAAAAUACAUAUGCGGGUUUCCAGCCGUUGCCAGGGCAAGGACAGCCAGCCAACGAGCGAACAAACGAAAGGAGAAAUGGUGCGGGGCACAAAGCAGAGGAGGGGGAUAGCCAAUGAGCUGUCGAUGUUCCAGCGGCCAUGUGGUAUCGUGCGUCUUAUACUUUAUAUAUAUUACUAUUAAAAUAACAUUAUGGCGGCAGUUUCC